UAUUUUAUGCCUACCUAUAUACUUUGUCAUUUUUCCAGAUGACUAAUGGAUUUAUUGACCAAUUGUACAGUUGGGGAGAAUACAACUCCAGACCUUUGUACCAUAUUUCAUUCAGUAACAUAACUGCAGAACUACAUAUAGAAAUAAUUGCUGGCCAUCUCCUCUCAAAUAAAACUUUGUUUAGAAUCAAUUACAAAGGUUAUUGUAAUCUCAAGUUACUGAGAUAUAUCCAAUUACUGGAGGGCAUACCUGUAUAAGUAAAUAUUUGCUAACCAUGUUCCUGCCAGAGCCUCACCCAUUGAAAAUUGUUAGGAGGCCACGGGGAUUUAAUUCCAGGUUGCAUUUUUUUUUGCGCCUUUCCUUUUACGAAUAUGUUUUGUUAUCUUUAGCUAGUUAGGUGAAAUAUGUUAAUAUAUUUGAGGUUUUUUUUCUAGUUUUCUAUUGCUGUUGUUGCUCCCCUUGCACUGAUUGGAGAAUUGAAAGUUUCAAAAGGAUAGAACGUACUGUACCUCAGGCCAAAUCCAGUGACCUAAUUCAGUAGAAAAAUGGAGUCUUCCAGUAAAGUCCACCAACACCCAGUGAUUACAACAGGUUUGUCUGUGGAUGCGGAAUUGGCUGUGGACCCACUGGUGACAUGCAAGCUCUGCCUUUGUGAAUACCCUCUUGAUGGAAUGACCACUCUGGAGCAAUGCAACUGUUUUUUCUGCACCAUGUGCUUAAUGCGCUAUGUGGAACUGAUGAUCAGAGAAGGUUGUGGAUCUCCUAUCACAUGCCCAGAGCUUGGAUGUCCUAAAAAUGGGGUCUUGCAGGAUACAGAGAUUGCAUGUUUGGUUCCAGCUGAUGUGCUUCAGCUGUACCAGCAACUGAAAUUUGAACAAGAAGUCCAUCUGGAUCCUUUUAGGACAUGGUGCCCCAGGGUCCAAUGUCAGGCUGUAUGCCAGGUAGCUGAUUCUCACCAGGCUGUGUCAGUCCAAUGUCCCACCUGCCAGGCGGAGUUUUGCUCCAUUUGCAAGGCCAGUUGGCAUCCAGGGCGGGCAUGUCAAGAGAGCCAGCCCUUAAUGCCCUCAAAAGCAAAUGAUGCAAGUGAUUCCACCAGCUUUGACCCCGAUGCUCCCAUUAAACAAUGUCCAGUGUGUCAUAUCUUCAUAGAACGAAAUGAAGGUUGUGCUCAAAUGAUGUGUAAAAACUGCAAACACACCUUUUGCUGGUAUUGUCUUCACAAUCUGGAUAAUGAUAUUUUCUUGAGACAUUAUGACAAAGGCCCAUGUCGCAAUAAACUUGGCCACUCUAGGGCCUCAGUUAUUUGGAACAGAACCCAGGUUGUCGGGAUCCUCUUUGGAUUAGGCCUUAUUGUGCUAGUCACAUCUCCACUUCUCCUCCUGGCCUCUCCCUGCAUCAUUUGCUGUGCCUGUAAGUCCUGUAGGAGUAAGAGGAAACACCAUGGCCCAUCAUCUACAUAAGCUGAGGAAACCAGUGCACCAGUGUUCUCUGGGUGCCAAGCCUUCCUCACUCCACCUGGACCAUCUUCUUCUUGAAGUGCCUACUGGAUCAGUGCUGUGAAAAUAUAUAUAGUAUAGACUGUGGGGGAAGGGAAGUUGGUGGUAGCUUUGAUUUGGGAGAUGUCAUUGUAGUGACUGAAAGAAACAGGUCACACUAAAGUGCAGUUGGUGAAUAUAGCAUUGCUCAGGUGUCUCAGCAGCAAGAUGCUGCACCCUAAUUUUCUCGAUGAGGAUGACUGUGUGCUUUCAGUUAAAUAUUCUGCCCACCUUUAACAUUUCUCCCUUUGCCUGCUCUCCCAUAACAGACCCAUUGUGUUUUAGCAGGUUUCUUAUUUAUAUGUUUUAUCCAGCUUGGGACAGGAUAAGAUUCUCAAUUAUACCAUUUUCCAUCACUUGGACAAGGCAGUGUUUGACAUCCAUAAAAAUCCUUCACCUACUACCAUAUAUGAAGAAAAUCAUUGAAAUUCACUUGAAUGGGGCAAUAUAAGACUCAAACUCAAAGCCAUCUAAACCCUUUCAAUGAGAAACUGCAUUGCUUUACCCACCGGAUUGUUAUUCUGAUAUUUAGACUAUGGUGGUUGUGUUAUUUCAUUUCCCUUUUCACACUAAAGUACUUGUUUAUGUCAAGUUGUAGCUUAUGUGCAGAAGCACCAAAUGUGCAUUUGGUACCAAAUCUUAUGAAACUUAUCUUCCAUCAUCAAGGCUACAAACAGCGAAUCGCAAGAAACUGAUCAUGACGUUCUCUUUCCUUUUAGAGCUUUGAGGUUUGUUGUGAAUGGAAGGAGGAGGAGAAUGUCGAACAUGACUUUGAAUGUGAAGUGAAUUCUUAAUAUAUAAGCACAUUUACAAAUACCAUUGGCAUUAAGUUUAGACAACUGUCUACCAUGGAUUGGGAAAGUCAGCUUUAGAGAAAGUGGGUUAAUUUUGGGUGUUGAAGUAAUAGCCAGACAAUUCCCAUCAAAGGGCUGAUUUUUUUCCAGUCUGUUGGAAGCAGGUCAAGACUCAGAAUCAGGAUUGAAGUUACAAAACAAUGCAUCAAGCUGGUUCCCCAGUGCAGCUGUACCUUGCCAGAGACAGGGCCAACAUAACAGAGGUUAUGGAUCCAGCACCAAUAGGCAAUGAUUAGAUCAAUGAAUGGCCCAAUAGGGGAGAUUCUGAUUGUGAUAUUGUUGUCUUUCCAAUGGUGGAUGGGCUCCUCAAGUGAGGCCAGAGCUUGACUGGCAACUAGAGUGGCAGAGCAGUGUGCCAUGGAUGUUGUCCACUCUUAUUACCUCAGCAUGGACCCACUGGGAUAUCUCAUGGCAUCCAUAGAGAAAUUUCCUUUCUAUAAUUGUGGCCUGAUAGCUGUGGCCAUGUGUGAUUUUUAAAAUUAUUUAAAAUUAUACAGAGCCCCUCCAUAUUGAGAUGCCCUGUAGUCUCUAAUGACCUCAGUCCAUUUCUCCUGGUGGAACUGCUAGCCCUAAUAUUUGUCCUCACAUUUCCAUUGUCUACCCACCAUCCUUAGUUGGACAGGGCAUCGUGAUUCCCGUUGGAAGAUCGCAGCCAGCGUCUUGAACCGCUAUCUCCAGGUUCAUGAACAGAUUUGAAAGUGACAUCAGCAUUGUGAUCCAACCAUAAAAAAAUCAGUCCCAAGUGUUUGGAUACCUGACCCAAUGUCUCAUUUGGUUCAGUGUCAAAGUUUUGCCUGAUUAUGUUCCUAUUAAGUGCUAUUGACAUUUUUUUUGCUGUUAAAAAGUACUAUAUAAUUAAAAAUUGUUGUUAUUGCAUCUAAUUAGAAGAGCUCCACUUUCUUAGUCUCAUAUUAUAACUAAUGCUCUCAUCACUGAUUAUCCUAAUUAAUCCCUUCUGCAACUUGUAUGGCCUGAUAGCUUUCUAAAAGAUGAUGCCCAACCUGCAUACAGAAGCUGAACUGGCUUUUAACCCGUCAUUUAUUUAUUUGGAUUUUCAGCAUAUUUUGUCUCCAUAUAAGAAGGUAUAUGCUUCCACCUGUACUAUUGCUGCAGAUGUAAGGGUAUUUCUUAGUCUCUUUUAUACUGUUUGUAACAACAGAUUCAUGAGAAUGAGAGAGACAAUGAGGAGAAACAAAUGAAAGUAAGUUUUGAAUAUUGUCAGUUAAAAAAUAUUCCAUUUCCAAUGCGACUCCAGCAACAAUACUGACCCAUUCUGUAAUCUAUAGAUUGAACAGAGAUACUCAGAGACUAGGAAGUAAAUAUUCUAUCCACCUUUUGAUGACAGAAGUUGAAAGAUAAAGCAACGUGGUGAGCUUUGGCUACCCAUAAUUUGGUCAAUUUUCUUGAGAAGAAAUGAUACCAAUUUAAAAUUGGUUGUUUGGUUAGACUUGAAUCUGCUCAUGUUUUCCCUUUUACGGUGUAUAUCUUAUUGGUGACAUUUGUGCUAAAGUUUUCUUUUUAGAAAAUUUUGAGAUUAUCAUAGGAAAGAGGGAAUACAUGAUAAAAAAAUCUCAACAUCCAUUUUGUGAGGAUAACAAAUCCUUUUGAUGAACGUAGGAGUUAUUUUUGCAUUAUUAAAAGUUAUAAUGCCAUUUUUAUUUUACUAUUAGGUGUGUGUUUUAAAAAGAAACAGCAAAAAUUUGACUGAGAUUGGAAAAAUAUGACCAAAUGCACAUUUGGUAAAGGUAUAGAUUUUAAGGAAUUGUCUUCACAGUGCAAAGAUUUAUCUUGUGGGAGAGUAUAUUAGAAAGUUGGAUGAGGCAGUCGGUUGACUGUGUGCAGGAUUCAUAGAUUAUUAUCUCCAGUAGUCAAAGGUUGUCAGGAGCACAAAUCUGUAAACUUACAACUAUAACAUUUAGUUGUGAUAUUGCUAAUACUGUAAAAUAAUUGCAUCAAAGAGCCUAUUUUUUAACAUGAUAUUUUCCAGGAUAUUUUCCUUUUGGCAUUCCCUAAUAUUGACCUAAUGGAUAUGUAAUCAUCCCUUGUGAAUUUUCCUUCCCCAUUGAGUGUAUGGGAUAGUGUCUUUGAUUGCUAGUCUGAGAGAGUACAUAAAGCCUCAGAUUAUCAUUUCAAAUGAAACCUAUCACACUUAACCUAAAUUAUCUUCUCGCAUCUUAUCAGAUGACAUUGAACUUGCGACUCACUGAUUCAGACAAGGGUGGAAUCGUUGAACCACAAUGAUGCUAAAUCUUCCAACUACUCCUUGAUCCCUUGACUUGGUCAGUCCAAGGAAGAGGGUGAUUUUGGGCCUGAACCAUAUUUGUCAAGGAAGUGGUAGUUUAUGACGCUGAAAACCCCUUGAAAAGUAAAUGUAUUCCUCAAGAACGAAGAGGAAGUCUAAACAUUUACUGGAGACCAGGCCCAAGGUCUGCCAGAUUUUGUUUUGCUCCCAACAGGCAUGGAAUUGAUACUGUAAUCAGACUUUGCAUGUGCUCUUGCUACCAGACCAGUUUUUUCUGAUUGAGUGAUUGUUCUGUGAUGGGAGC